UAAGUUUCAGAAUGUCCAUAAGAAUGUUAAGCAUCAGUUUUCUUGUCUUUUGGGUAUUGAUUGAAUGUUGCCAUUGCACUUCCAAAUCAGUCCGAGUUCUUGAAAAACCAAAUAUAAGGCCUCUUUAUUUCAAUGCAUCGUUAUCAACAGAGGAGAACAAAGUCACUGUGAAUGGGAGAUAUCAGUGCCCUGAAGACACAAAGCUAUCCUUUUUUGAACGUUAUGAUGGGAGACUUAUCAAAUUUAAAAAAGUGUUGAAUACAAAGGAAAAUACUACAGAAUGUGAAAUAGCUUUAAAAUAUGACGCAGGAAGGUAUAAACCAUUUUUUUGGCUCAGAUCAAAAACUGCAUCAGAAAGGCUCUUCACUUUUGUGAGCAAUAAGGUAAAUAAGAAUUUUCAGACUGAGUUUUCCGGGACAGACUGUUCAGUCGGUGUAAACAGGUCCACCCAUAACAAGACAAUCAAGUACAUUUCCCAAUUUCGGAAUUGUGACCAGAGUCCUCGCAUUCGUGAGACUUUUUCUAUUUGGCUCAAUAAAUCUGGAAAGAUUGAAAGCUAUAAUUCAGACGUAUACUGCACCUAUUUAAAUAAAGAGUACAUGAAAUAUUUCAAAUCUAGAUGUUCAUCGGAUGUUUCCAGCGACCCCUUUUACAUUGAGUUCUAUGACGAUAAGAUGGCUGCUGACAAUGUUAAAUUAUUCGAUCUCAGUUACAGUUUCCAACCGAUGGAAACAUGUUCUAAAGAAUGCGAUCCAGCCAACAAGCGAUGGUGGUUCAUGCCUGUGGUAAAUUGUACUAAAGCAUGCGUUGUGGCUAACAAGCGAUGGUAUUUCUCACUAAUUUAGUUUUGUCAAACAUUUUUAUCUCAAAUAAAGUGCAAACUUCUCACUUAA